AUGGCCCUCGUACCUGCCGAUAACGACAAGUAUGAGGUGCUGGAGAUCAUAGGUCGGGGGGCCUUCGGCAUCAUACGGAAGGUCCGCAGGAAAUCAGAUGGCUAUAUCCUAUGCCGAAAGGAGAUCAACUACAUCAAGAUGUCACAGAAGGAACGCGACCAGCUACAUGCUGAGUUCUCUAUCCUCGCCUCUCUCAAGCACUCCAACAUUGUUGGCUACUACCACCGCGAACAUCUGAAACAGACCCAAGAGCUGUACUUGUAUAUGGAGUAUUGUGGUGGUGGCGAUCUGGGCUCCAUUAUCAAAGACCUGAAAAAGAAACGGGAAUACCCCAAGGAGGAAUUUGUGUGGAGGAUACUCAGUCAACUCGUCACAGCAUUAUACCGUUGUCACUAUGGCGUCGAUCCUCCAGAACCAGGCAACGACUUUGCCCGCCAGAAGGACACUCGACCCAAGGGGAAAGACAUGAUCCUUCACAGAGAUCUGAAGCCAGAGAACAUCUUCCUGGGCAAGGAUCAGUCUGUCAAGCUAGGAGAUUUCGGUCUGUCAAAAUUGCUGCAGUCUCACGAUUUUGCGUCUACCUACGUUGGCACUCCCUUCUACAUGUCGCCCGAGAUAUGUGCUUCGGAGAAGUAUACGCUACAUUCCGAUAUCUGGUCUGUGGGUUGUAUCAUGUACGAGUUGUGCACCCACAAUCCGCCGUUCAACGCCAACUCUCAUCUGCAACUGAUACAGCGGAUACGGAAGGGCGAAUUCACGCCAAUACCUGCCAUGUACUCCAGAGACCUGGCGAACGUCAUAUCGCAGUGUCUGAAGACGAAUCCGCACAGUCGACCGGAUACAGCAUCCUUGCUCACAAUUCCCUACAUCUGGUUGGCUCGGAGACAGCAAGAAAUGGUAGGGCUCGGCAAAGCACUCAAAACACGGGAAGAGGUUGCGGAGCAGAAGCUGCGGCAGGCAGAGGAACGUCUGGCCGCGAUGGAAGCAGAUAAGGCAACAAUGCGUGCUGAGGUCGAGUCACAGGUGCGCAGAGAAUGGGAAGUCAAGGCACGUCUGGAAAUCGAUCGGCAGGUCAACCUAGAGCUGGAGCGAUUACGCCUUCAAUUUGACGAGGAGGUCAAGACCAAGGUCACCGAUUCUCUGGCCAAGCUCGAUAAGACAGCAGAUACAGCGCCCUCGAAAGACGGUGCUCCUCGAGCGGCAACAAGCAAAAGCUAUUCCUCCUCGAUCAAUACGUUGGGAGAGGACGAGUUUCCCUCAACAACGGAUGUGACUGACUUCUCUGAGCUUUCACUGAAGUCGCCUACCUCUUCGACCAUACAAGCUGUUCCGCCAAAGAAGACUAAAACUCCAUUCUCGAGAGCUAAGACUACGUUCGAUUCGCCAAUGGAUAUACAGAUGUCCGAGCCAUCACCAAUCUCGAUUUCCGGCCUUGCACUUUCGCCACGACGAACAGCAGCAGCACAAGCAACUGCUAACGGCACAACUACUGCUUUCGGUGUAAAGAACAUCUUCGCCCAGGCUGCACGUCAGAAGGCGAAGUGGGAGCCAACAUUUCCCUACAAUUCUGACGAUGAGGAGAAUAUCGACCCCGAUGAGUUUACAGAUGACGAUGAUGAAGUCCCAGACCUGCCGAGCCCAACUCGCGCCAAAGCUACCGUAGCGAGCACCGAUCCGUUCAAGCAACCAUUACCCGUGCCGCUGAAGGGUCGGCCGAACUUGAUGCGGCAGCAUACCACCGCAACGAUGCAACGACUCACGACGAAACCGACGCUGUUUCCGACCAGUAACAUCGGCAGCGCUAAAGCUGAGGCCGUGAAGGCCAGCAUUGCAGCCGCAAAUGCCAGAUCAUCCGAGCCAGAGAUUCGGCAAACGAAGCCAACCAGUCCGAACAGACGGCUCAGCAAGAUUCCAACGCAACCGUCCAUGGACAAUCUAUAUGUUGGCAGCACUUCGCCAAUCCGCCGCACGAACACAACAGGCAAGCUUCAAAGCAAGCUGGCGUCCACUAAGCAGCCUCUGUCGGCAAAUGGUGGAGGCAGUAACAGCAAUCCUAUCGGCGGACGUACACUGGUCGAGCUCUCCAACGCACGUGCUGGCGGCAGGCCGAUCAGCAGUUGCGACAACUUCGCGUCUUUCGAGAAAGACUUGCCAGCUGUACCAGUCUGGGACCCCGAUGCGGAGGGCGACAACAUGCCGAGUCCGUUUCUGAAGCGUGACGCGAAGAUCAUCAGAGGCUUAUUACGAUGA